CCAGCUGAGCAACACAAAACUUGGAAAGGCACAACUGGAUGUUUGAAUUCUUAGCUUCUGAUAUAGUAUUAAAUCGGACCUGCUGGCGCUGUCUUUCAUUUUUACAAUACAACAAGAAAGACAUCAAAACAUGGUGAAAAGUUUGUUGUUAAUUUGUGCCUUGUUGUGGAACUCCCUGAUCACAUCGGGCCAAGGGAGAGAUGGUGAAAUAAUUAAGGAGAUAAAGGGGACCAAUCAGAUACUAGAUGAAAUCAAGGAACUACUGAAGCAGCAGAUUAAAGAGAUUAUUUUCCUGAAGAACACAAUAAUGGAAUGUGAAGCAUGUGGCAUGGGAAAUGACAAGCCCACGCAUCCUUCCUGUGUACCUAAUCCAUGCCACCCAGGGGUAAUGUGUAUGGAGACAGCUGGGGGCAUUAAGUGUGGUCCCUGCCCUGAGGGGACAGAAGGAAAUGGGAUUCACUGCACAGAUGUUGAUGAGUGUCUCACAAAGCCGUGCCACACUGGGGUGCGCUGCAUCAACACGUUCCCUGGGUUCCGCUGCGGCCCCUGCCCUGCUGGCUUUACUGGCCCUGUGGUGCAGGGAAUUGGACUCUCCUAUGCCAGAACCAAUAAACAGGUUUGUACAGAUGUUAAUGAAUGUGAAGGACCUGCCAACGGAGGCUGUGUGGCUAAUUCCAUUUGCAGCAAUACACAAGGCUCCUUCCACUGUGGCCCCUGCAAGCCAGGUUUUAUCGGAGACCAGCAGCGUGGCUGCAAGGCUGAAAAAGCCUGUGGCACUGAUCAGUUGAACCUGUGCCACACCAAUGCAGAGUGCAUUGUACACCGUGAUGGAAGCAUUGAGUGUGUGUGUGGAGUGGGAUGGGCUGGAAAUGGAUACUUAUGUGGACUUGACAUCGACAUUGAUGGUUUCCCUGAUGAGAAAUUGAACUGCCCUGAAACAAACUGUGCAAAGGAUAACUGUCUAACUGUGCCCAACUCUGGCCAAGAAGAUGCGGACAGGGAUGGGAUUGGAGAUGCCUGCGAUGAAGAUGCUGAUGGUGAUGGGAUAAUAAACACUGAGGACAAUUGCGUCUUAAAGCCCAACGUGAACCAAAGAAAUGUGGACCAGGACGAUUUCGGUGAUGCCUGCGAUAACUGCCGUUUGAUCAUUAACAAUGAUCAGAAAGACACCGAUGCUGACAGCAAGGGAGAUGCCUGUGAUGAUGACAUUGAUGGUGAUGGAAUACCCAACAAUGUGGAUAAUUGUGUGAUGGUACCAAACAGAGACCAGAAAGACAGAGAUGGAGAUGGUGUUGGAGAUGCUUGUGACAGUUGUCCCUAUGUCCGCAAUCCUGACCAGCUGGAUGUGGACAACGAUUUGAUUGGGGAUCCAUGUGACACUAAUAAAGACAGUGAUGGAGAUGGCCAUCAGGAUUCUCGGGAUAACUGCCCAGCUGUUAUUAAUAGCUCACAACUUGAUACAGACAGAGAUGGUGUUGGAGAUGAAUGCGAUGAUGAUGAUGACAAUGACGGUAUCCCUGACCUAUUCCCGCCUGGACCUGAUAAUUGCCGGCUAGUUCCCAAUCCCCUGCAGGAAGACUCUGAUGGAGAUGGUAUUGGUAAUGUGUGCGAGAAUGACUAUGACAAUGACACCUUCGUCGACAUGAUCGAUGUUUGCCCAGAGAAUGCAGAGGUCACCUUGACAGACUUCCGUGCUUUCCAGACUGUUGUGCUAGAUCCUGAAGGGGAUGCUCAGAUUGACCCUAACUGGGUAGUGUUAAACCAGGGAAGAGAGAUUGUCCAAACAAUGAACAGUGACCCUGGGUUGGCUGUUGGUUACACUGCCUUCAAUGGGGUGGACUUUGAAGGGACAUUCCAUGUGAACACAGUGACAGAUGAUGACUAUGCAGGCUUCAUUUUUGGGUAUCAGGACAGUUCCAGCUUCUACGUCGUGAUGUGGAAGCAAGUGGAACAGAUAUACUGGCAAGCGAACCCUUUCCGAGCAGUAGCUGAGCCAGGAAUCCAACUCAAGGCGGUGAAGUCAAACACGGGGCCUGGGGAGAACCUGCGAAACUCACUGUGGCACACAGGUGACAGCAACGGUCAGGUGAGACUCUUGUGGAAGGACCCCAGAAAUGUGGGCUGGAAGGACAAGACUUCCUAUCGUUGGUUCCUGCAGCACAGGCCUCAUGAUGGCUAUAUAAGGGUACGAUUCUAUGAGGGUCCUCAGAUGGUAGCAGACUCGGGCAUCAUCAUCGAUACUACAAUGAGAGGCGGCAGACUGGGAGUCUUCUGCUUCUCCCAGGAGAACAUCAUCUGGUCCAACCUGCGCUACCGGUGCAAUGAUACCACCCCAGAGGACUUUGACACUUACAGAAUCCAGCAAAUCCAGCUGCAGGCCUAACAAAAGGUUGGCACAAAAGGAUUAUGGGGAUUUUGCUAUUCACCUUGGGUGUGAAAAAAGGAUUCUGUAAGUGGACAGUAAUCAUAUUCUGUCUUCAGUGGGCCAUUUAUUUUGUUGUUUGUAUUAAUUUCCUCUAACUACACAUUCUU